GUCCUACUAAGCCUAUCUAUCUCAAAACUUACAUCAACCAGUACAAGGAUGAAGUCUAUCCUGGUGGCCUUUGCCACCCUGUCAGUCGCGCUGGUGGUGGUCGUGGCCAUUCCGGCCAGCUUCAACUACGGUGGCGGUGGCGGUUACUUCAUCAACGGAACGGGCCAAAGCUUCAACUUUUCCGGCGAAAGUAAUGGUACGAGCAUUCCGGGCCUGCCGGAUUUCGGUAGCUUCCUGCCGAACCUUGCCAAUCUGACGCAACAGUUCGGUGGAUCGUCGGGCGCGUUCCCGCAGUUUAGCAUUCCAUCGUGGACGAACUUUACCGAUGCGUUCUCGUCCAUCUUUCCCUUCUUCGGUAAUGGGCAGGGUGGAGGUUUUCCGUUCUUCGGAUGAAGUGUGGUGAUGCGAUGCGAUAUGAACGAAAGUUAAUAAAAGUAUAUUAUGGCAGUCAAA